AUGGCCUUGGAGGCAGACAGCGACAGAGGUUCAUCAAGAAGCGCUCAUGAAAAAUAUCCCCGGGCAGCGUUGGAGCGCAACGGCUACGUGAAGACAUGUGUCACCCCGUUGCACCAGGACGCAGGGAGCCAGUCGUGGCUGAGACUCGCCGUGACAUGGACUUGCCGAGGAGUGUCGUCUGCGGUCUGCGUUGCCUCCGUCUCCGUUAUUCUCGCUCUGCUGCUCAGAUUGGUCGACUGGGAUGCAGGCAGCAGCAGCAGCAGCAGCAACGGAAAUAGCAGCGGCUCCGGCUCUCGACUUCAUUUCGCGGCGGGCUGCGCGGUGGAGCUGCUUUUAACCGCGUGUUACUGCGUCUCCCCCGUUUUUACACUUGUAUGUGCCUUCUUCUGGGUCGGGCUGUAUCUGAUUCGCUGCGGGGUGCUCAUCCGCACCGCUGUUUUUUUGUUAGCGGUGUGCCACUUGGGCGAAGCCGCGGCGCAGUCCCUCCUGCGCGGCGCCGAGGAGCAGCUGCUGUCCCUCCCCGCAACCCUGGUAGUCCUUGGCUGCCUGGGCAGCGGGGCUCUGCUGGUCGUCCGUCUGCGUCAGGGAGUGUCCAUCCUCGUCUUCAUUAGCGUCAUCAGGGCCGUCUCACUAGUCUCUCUGGGCAGAUUCCGGGCCAGCUGGAGACCCUACCUGGCCUACCUGCUGGGGCUGCUGGGGGUUUUGCUUGCGAGGUAUGCUGACCGGCUCCUGCCGGCCUCAGGGACCAGCGGGACGGGGUGCUGUGGCUCUGUGACCGGGGCGAAGGAGGAGGACAUCCCUGUCUUCAAAAGGAGACGGAGGUCCAGCUCCAUAGCGGCCUCGGAAAUGAUGGCUCACGGUCAGAGCAACAGCAAGUCCCACCGCAGGACUUCGCUGCCUUGCAUUCCGCGGGACCAGAUGAUGUGCCAGCCAGAAUGGGACUACAAGAGAGCUCUGAGCAGAUCCCAGUCAUCUGGCACCAGCGUGGUAGUGGACAUCGCGGUGAUGGGUGAAGCCCACGGUCUGAUCUCAGACCUGCUGGCAGACCCCUCGCUGCCCCCUAACACCUGCAGCUCUCUGAAGGCCGUCAGCAACCUCCUUAGCACCCAGAUCAGCCUCCAGCCGCUCCACCGGCCUCGCAUCCCCACAGACACACACACCUGCUCUGACUCAGAGGACGGGCCAGAAAAAAUAGAGAGACUGGCCAUUCCAAAGCGUCUCAGACGGAGCCUGCCCCCAGGAUUGCUCAGAAGAAUCUCGUCGACCUGGACCACGACCACCUCAGCUACGGGGCUGCCUACCAUCGAGCCGGGCCCUGUACGCAGAGACCGCUCAGCCAGCAUCAAACACACCACAGACAGUGAAUCAUGGAACAACUCAGUGAUGAUGACCAUCUCGAAGAGUCGCUCCAUGUCCGCUUCCUGUGCUGUCUCCGUCACCUCCAACCACCUCUACAGCAAACCACUGGGAAGAACAGGUUUCCCCCCCUCCAACGUAUCACCUCUGGGCUCUCCGUGCCCCUCUCCUCCCGUCCAGGGCACGCCUGCCUCCAGCCCGACCAUCAAGACUUGUUCAGUGCAGCUUCCUGAGCCGGCUGGGCCCCUGACAGAGCAGACCCCUGGCUCUGUGGCCCCCAAGAGCCACCACAGAGCCUUAACUCACAGCCAGAGCGCCCCGAGCUCCGCCACCCCUCACUGGCGGCCGCCAUCACUCUGCAGCAGCUGUGGCAGGCCGUUCAACAAUCGACUAAGCCACGGGGGAGAAUCUGUUGACAAAGGGGACAGAAUACCCCAUCCAGAUGAGCGCGCUGUAGCAUCUUCAGACUAUGACAGCACCUACGACAGCACCUACGAGACCAACCACAGUGACAGCAGCGACUUUGCACAGAAUGAGGAAGAGGGAGAGGGAGGCAAGAAGCUGCCUGAAGCAAGGGAAGGCUGCAGGGAGUAUUUAACAGAGGGCAUCGUUCUUCACCCACUCCUGCCAUCACCAGAGGAUAAGCCAGUUUCAGUAGCAGAACCAGUGGAGGAGCCAGAGCUGGAGCCAGAGCUGGACCCUCUGCUGACUCAACUCAACAACUGGAACUUUCCCAUUUUCAGUCUGGUGGAGAAGACCAACGGCAAGACAGGCUGCAUCCUCAGUCAGGUUUCCUUUAAGCUCUUUGAGGACACGGGUCUAUUUGAGACCUUCAGAAUUCCUGUACAAGAGUUCAUGAACUACUUCCAUGCUCUGGAGAACGGAUACAGGGUCAUCCCUUAUCACAACCGGAUCCAUGCCACUGACGUGCUCCAUGCUGUCUGGUACCUGACCACUCAGCCUGUACCAGGCCUCCCCACCCUGCUGACUGAGAAUGGGAUACACAUUGACUCAGAGAAUGGCAUCACGCCGGGUGCUACAGGCUUCCUGGUGUCCAAGAUGAACUCUGUGAUGGAGGACAGCUAUAACUCCCUGGCUGGCCUCAUCCCUGCCCUGGAGCUCAUGGCCCUGUAUGUAGCUGCUGCCAUGCACGACUAUGACCACCCUGGGAGAACCAACGCCUUUCUAGUAGCUACCAGUGCACCGCAGGCUCUUCUGUACAAUGAUCGUUCAGUCUUGGAAAACCACCAUGCAGCUUCAGCGUGGAACCUCUUCAUGUCUCGACCUGAGUUUAACUUCCUGGCUAAUCUUGAACAUGUGGAGUUCAAGCGCUUCCGCUUCCUCGUCAUUGAAGCAAUCCUGGCCACCGACCUCAAAAAGCACUUUGACUUCCUUGCAGAGUUUAAUGCAAAGGUGGGUGAUGAAGGAGUAUCCGGUAUUGAUUGGACAAAUGAAAACGACCGACUGCUGGUGUGCCAGAUGUGCAUCAAGCUGGCUGACGUCAAUGGACCGCUGAAGUGUAAGGAGCUGCACUUGCAGUGGACAGAGGGGAUCGUCAACGAGUUCUACGAACAAGGUGACGAAGAAGCAAGUCUGGGUCUCCCCAUCAGCCCGUUCAUGGACCGCUCAGCUCCGCAACUCGCUAAAUUACAGGAGUCAUUCAUCACUCAUAUAGUGGGACCUCUGUGCUCCUCCUAUGAUUCUGCUGCUCUUAUGCCGGGACACUGGGUCGACCCACCUGAGGGAGAGACGGAGCCAGAAGAGGUGAAAGAGGAACAAGACACUGAAGAGGAAGAGGAGGAUACGGCAGAUGAGGACGCAUCAAUGAGUUCUGACACCUCCCAGCGUCGUGAAACCAAAAAGGUGAGCAGGAGAAAAGUGUUCUGCCAGAUAACACAGCAUAUCCUGGAAAACCAUGAAAUGUGGAAAAGAGUGAUCGCUGCAGAAGUCCAGGAGGAGGCUCAGAAAGAGGAGCCGAACUGCAUCAGCAAUCCCACCGAUCCAAUCACAGCCAUUCACGAGGAAGAGGAGGAGCAAGCAAGCAAAGAGGAGGAGUCGACCGACGGCCUUGAUGAAAGGGAAGAGGAGCCAGGUAUUAUAGAGGAAGAAGAAACCCUUCCACAAUCAGAGACUUCAGGGGAAAAAGAGGAGGAACCAGAGUGAUAUUAUGAACUCUGACCUCCUCUUCAAACCAGGAUAUCUGAACUUUGUCUAAAAUGUUUUUCUUUCCAAACUAAACUCUUGAUAUGGUAGCCAGCACAUCACUUCGACACAACACUGUAGAAGAUGUUUUGGGUAAUAUGUGCCUAAAAAAAAACUGGGUUUAAAGACGGGGAUGAUGCAUGCCCAGUUCAUUUGAUGAGGGGGGAGAGGUGAGAUGAGCGUAGAUGAAGUGACUGAGGAGUAGAAGAAGAAAAAGAGAAUGAUCGGGACUGUCCUUGUUUUUGCUGUAGUGUUUGUUUAAGUCUGGAUCUGCUGCCCUGCUCUCACCCAGGCUGCCCAUCCUGCACUACGGGCCAACCUCGCUGAUUCACAAAUUCACUCCACCAGUGAGUAAUACACUGUCACAUGCCCCCCCCACCACCCCCACCCCUCACCCUUCUAGUUGCUCCUGUGCUGUCAGCACACUGUGGAGCCUCCCAGGUGGUUGAGGAGGUGCAACAAGUCCCUUCUCCUUGAAGACAAUGGGAUGAAAGCCAGGGAAAAACCUGAGUCCACUGAGGCUCAGCCUUGUGGAUUUCAGACGGAGACGGAAAAAGGGCCAGUUGUAGUACAUUGUGCAUACAGACAUAAAAACACACAAGCUUCGCAGACACACACACACACACACACACACACACAGACACUGCUACUGUAGGAACACAUUCCAUACUCAGAACAGAGAGGAAGUGUAACAAAGAACCCUGUUGCUCUAAAAGCUUUAUUCUCGCUCAAGGAAAAACAUACAAAACAGGGUUUUGUUCAUGUAAAACAAUGUUGUCCGCAUGUUUUUUUCCCCCCUGUCUUUUGUUACUCAAUCCAGCACACCUACACGUUUCCAGGCCACACAACUCAGGAAGACAGAAACCCGUAGAGGAAAAGAAACAGAAAGGACUCCUUGUCCUUCUACUUGCCACUGCUUCAAGAUUUUCCAUCUCUGCUGUUUGUGAUGCUAUUGAUUUAAUGAUGUCCUCUGAGACAUGUGCUUCCCUUUGUGAAUCACAAAGGAAUCACAAGGGAAACAAGUAUAUUGAUCAUAUUAUACUGUAAAUCACAAUUCUGUUUCCUUUUGGCUACUCUCAGUGCCAACAUCCUAUUGGCAAAACAGCAGAUCAUACUGUUAAUCAUAUCUAAAUGAAUUUACAAGGCACAAAACUAGGUAAUAAGUUAAUGAGUUUUGUUAUGGACAGGUAAUUUGUGUCCACAUUUUACCCCAACUUGUUUUCUUUACAGUGAUGACAGGAAUUCUUGCAAUAUCAUUUAUAGCCUGGUAUGUAGGCCAAAAUGUUUCAGAGAGUAAAGUAAUCCAGUAAGCCAUAGUGAGGCCAGAGCUGACUCACAGCUCCAAAUCACCCAAGGGGAUUUACGUCAAUAAGACAUAAAAAGAAAAAAAGAAUCUAUCCUGUGGAGCCCAUUGCCAUCCAGGAGGUGCUGUGCACCCAGAAAAAAAAAUCUGCAAGUCUCAGUCGGAUCCAAAUCAUUAAUUUGUUAUUUUGUUGCACAAAAAGGCAGAAAUAAUGUGGAACAAAUCAUAUUAACAAUUUCUGAGCCUUACAUUAAAAAAGCAGAGAGAGAGAGUCUGCAUAACUGCAUAAUGUAUAAUGAUUAUUAUUAUUAGUUAAUAAUUUAUUAAGUCAAGUAAAGUCAAUUUACUAAGUGCACGCCUCUUAUUCUGAAAUGCUGCUGUAUGUAAUCUUAUGUAACACUGCAGGGUUUUCAUCACCUACACUCGGUCCUAACAGGGAGCAAGUUUAAAAAAAAAAAAAAAAAACACUGAAUAAGAGGAAGAAUUCAAUACAACACAUAAAAGGGAAAACAUGUGCUUUCACAAAAGAUGGCAAUGAAGAUGAUGCAUGGUUUCUUUUUUUAGAUAGCAUAUUUUGGCCAAAGGUGCAAUAGAAUAAGAAAGUUCCAUUGAAAUCUGAUUAUAGGUCAGCAGACCUCUGGAUUUUUUUUCUCCAUUUGUAGUCCUUACUGAUAACACAGUGUAUGGCUUAACAAGUUGUGUCUGUGCUCUCCUUUGAUGUCCUCUGAGAUUCAGAUUGGUGGUGAUGGAGGGAAGUGUGAACAGGGAGAAGAGCCUCAGUAAUGAGAGAAGAAGGAGGAGAGGUGGGAGGCUUUUAGCUCGACUUGUAGCUGCUUAUGAAUGGUCAGAGGAGGUCUCAGAUCCUCUCCACAUUUCAGUUGAUUCCUCUGGAUGUAAGUCUUUGAAGAUGAGCCAGUUCUGUUGGAUUCAAAAUCAUGUGAUGAUAUAUGUCUGCAAAAUGUAUUACAGCGAUAUGUAGUACAGUAUAUUUGAUCUGACGUUGAAAAAAAAAACUCUGGGAAUUCAGAUCCAGGGAUGUAAGGAUGGUUUUAUAUCUUCACAUACUGAUCUGUAACAGGUAGACUGUGUCAAAACUGCAAAGUGAACAAGGGAACUUUUUAAUUCAGUUGAAAGACUUUCUUGGAUUUUUGAGUCGACAGCACUUUUCGGAGAAGCUGCCUGAGACUUAGGCUGGUGGUGGUUGGUAUGUGGUUGUAUCUGCGAUGGCACUAGUUGCAUUUAACCCUUUGAUGCACAACAUACGGACAACCCUUCUAAUGCACAACAUGGGUCAAAAAUGACUCAUUCAUCCAAAUUUGGUUUAAAAUUAAAUUACCUAAUACUAUAAUAAUAGUAAUUUGUUUCAAAUAGUUACUUUCCACACUCAUAUAUUUAAUAUAUUUAACAUGUUUAUGUAUCGUUUUGUCACACAAACAGUGUAUCUGGUAGGUAUUCACAGCACUUCACUUUUUCCGAAUUUUUUUAUGUUUCAGCCUUAUUCCAAAAUUGAUUAAAUUUGUUUUUCCUUAAAAUUAUACACACAAUACCUCAUAAUGAAAAUUUUGACCCAUGAUGUGCAUUAGAAGCGUAGUGAUACAAAAAGGGUUUUUACUCAAAAAGUAAGAAAUGAAAAUAUAAAAUUAGGAUGUAUGAUGAUCAAAAACAAGUUGAUUGAGGAAAUCCUGGAAUACUGAAUGAUGAAAUUAAUUUAUUGCAAAGAUAUAGAACAUAAAAAACUCAGUCGGGUCACUUUAGACCCAUGUUGUGCAUCAAAGGGUUAAGCAGCAUUGAUCGUAGUUGUGCUUCAGCUCUUUAGCAGGAAGGUGCAAAAUACCUCACUGAUUAGCUGAGGAACACACAAGACAGGAAUGCUCAGGAAGAUUGGGAAUUGCUAAGUCACCAUAAACAUUCACAAACAAGACUGCAAACAGACUUUUAAUCAUGUAAGUUGCUGGUGAGUUCCUGAGUAAGGGCCAAUCACUCUGAUCUAGAGCUGCUAUUAUAUUGACAGAAAAAAAGAAUUGCGAAUAACUUUAGAAAUGAUUUUUUGAAUGCAAAAAUUGCAGAAAAUUCCUCUCAAAUAUCCAAAUGUUCGGCUUUUCUUUGUUCUAUCAUAUUAAAAUGAAUAUCUUUGGUUUCUGGGUUCACAAUUUAAAGACACUCCCAUGAACUUUGGGAAACUGGAGUGGACGUUUUUCAUUAAAAUUUGAAAGACCAAUCGAUUAAUCGGUUAAUUAAAGCUGACAAAUGAUAAUGGAAACAAUCAGAAAAUACAGCCCUAUUCUGACCUCUGCCGGAAACACUCAAAUUAAAACAGCAAACAAAAAGAUAGAAAACCCAGCGGUUACAAAACACUUCAUGCAACCUGCCCCUUACACGUCAUUUAGAUACGCUGGAUAAAAACGGACUAAGCAAUCUAUUUAAUAAGCUUGUUUGCAGACACUGUCUAAGUUUUUACUGGCUGAACUUGCCCUACUGUGACCCAGUUUCUUAACUCAAUUAGAGUUUUGCUAUCGUUAAUGCUGUCUAAAUCCUCAGCUGUAUCCAUUGCACUGUUAUCAAAAAGCCCAUUGUGCAAAGGAGGGCUAAACUGUGACCUGUACUUACAAAGGGGUAAAGUUGUUGAGCUUGUUUUUACUGCAAUGAAAAAGAAAGCCUGUACUAACUAAAGCCUGAGCUUAUUGUUCGUGUUUCAGUUCCAGUCGAGAGGAAAGGCAAGUUUAUUUGUAAAGCACCUUUCAACAACAAGGCAAUUCAAAGUGCUUUACAUAAGACGUAAAAAUGAAGAAAAGAAACCAAACGCAAUAUAAAAGGACACAUUUGUAUCUCUAAAAACAGAUAUCUGCAUAUAAAUACAGAAUCUGUUGGCAACGGAGCAAUUUUGGUAUCGGUAGCAUUUUGGUUACCGUUUGUAGUCUGUUUGUAGUCCAAUUACUCUAAGUGCAAUCUUGAAACCCAUUAACUAUUGUUUCUCUUUAUUCGCUUUUUUUUAAAUUGGCAGGCAAAAUCGGCAAGUCUUUGUCAAAUAACCCUUAUCCACUGACUACACUGGAACCUCAGAACUAUUAGCCCUUACUGCUAGAUGCUAAAUCGCCAUCAGACUGACAGCUGAUGGGUACCGAGAUUGGGACUCUGAUGACAGUAAGCAGACCCGUCCCAGACCAUGUGAGAGGUAUCUCGUAUGUAGCAGCAGAUCAGACGUGUAUUUUGGCCCUUAACCAUUCAGUGCUUUAACAACCAACAACAGUAUUCUUUGACACACAGGAAUCCAGUGCAGAGAGGUGAGAACUGGACCACUGUGGUUUCUCUUGGUCUCAUUGAAGAGUCUAGAAUCAUCUGCAGCAGCCUGAUCAACUCUUAAAGAGACCCGUAAAGACAGUCAAGCCUCCUGAAUAUACGCACAUGGAGAUUGUUUAUUCUAAAUCCUGCUGAGACAGAAUAAUUUUGAUUCUUGAUAUAUUCUUAAGCUGACAGUGAGCUGAUUUAGUUAUUGUCUUAUGUUAAAAUUUAGUUCCAGAUUUCUGGCUUUGCAGAAGCGUUGAAGAGAUAUUGAAUUAUUGCAGAUAUUGAAAUAAGGACCUUUUAUUUUGAAAAACUUGGAUUUCUCUUAACUGUAAAUGAAUUCAUUAAAGCAGAGAUUAGCUCCAGCGGUGGUGUGAAUUGAACAGGAAGGGAGCAAAUGUUGCCUGGCAACAGAAAAAAAGGGAAAAGGCAUGUGAUGUCAUCUGACCCCUAAAUCAGUGUGUGUCUUACUUGCCAUCAGGAAGUGCAGCAGUAUAUUUGUAGCGUAUGCAGCAAGACACAGUUGAGUUUAUCCAAGUCCCCUUCAGGACCAAAUGUCUUCCAAUAGCCUCAGCUUGUCACGAUAAUCUACCUGUAGCAGUGAAAAUUAUCUGUAAACACCAGCUGAUACACAUCUGUGGGUCAUGUAAGGCAUCGGCUGGGGUCUUUCAGUUGAGCAUUUUUGAAGCUCUGUACAGAAAUGUAGCUUUCAGUUAUUCUAAAAAUAACCAAGACUGUAAAAAUCUCUGCAAGCCUCGUGUAAGCGACAAGCAUUUGAGCACACAUGAAUGAGCUGAUCUCCAUGCACUGUAAAUACCCAACACCAUACAGUAUAUCGAGGCCUCACUUUGCAAUCUAAGUCUUGCAAUGGACUUUUUCUCAUAUCUCACACUUGUACCAUCCCAUGCUCCACUUCUGUGUUUGGGAUUUUGUAGACUUUCUCACACCCCCUUCACUUUAUUUGCUUGAAUUCUGUGUGAUCAGUGAAUUCAAAGCUCACUCGGGAUCCAGUUUGUCAAAGUGGAUGCUUUCCUCCUCUGAUCUCCCCUUCCAGCCCUGCCUCACUAACUGUGUACACUACAGUGCAGCAAUCAAAGAGACUUAGUCAAAGCUGUGACAGAAUUUGGGGGUCGCUAUUUUUGUCAUAAACAAUCCAACGCUGUGUGAAGACAUACUCUAAGGGAGGGGUCAACUGCUAUCUUUUAAGAACAGGUUUCAGUUCUUUUGCAGUGAAAUGAAAGGAUCAUACCAGUGUGUUUGCAUUUUUCUGCAUCUUAACAACAUCAAUCAUGUUUACUCAACAUUUUUGCUGAUUAUUUUUAAAUGCAGGCUUUACAGUUUCAGAUUUCCCUUAUGUAUUCUUCCCAGGUUGAGCCAUUGAUUUGCAUUAAUUUCUCUACAGUAUCAAAAUCAAUCAAUGCAGUCCAUCGCAGUUACCAUGUCUGCCGACUCCAUGUUCAUUUGGGGUUUCAAGUAUUCAAACAGCUUUCAAAAGCAUACUAAUAGACUUUCAUGUUGUGAGAAAAUCAAUGGAAACCAAUGGAUGCUGGGAACAGCUGAUAAAAUACAUCAACAUUUGUGCAGCAGCACUGUUUGCAAAAUGGUCACUUGUAAUGAAAAGUAGGCAGAACCACUGGUAUGGUCCCAGUUUACAGUAACCUUACACCAGUCUGUUCCACCACACGCAGCAUCAGUGCUGUGGGAGUCGUUAGACAUUUUCUCUGUUGCACCUGUAACCACACCCAACAGUGAUGUCACGGUGUACUGACACAUCCUUGAGUAUACUAGUACAUCACUGCAGCACGGUGAAACGUUAAACCACUGGAGGUCAGCAAAUACAACAUUUUCAGAGGGUGUUAGGUUGAUCUUAAAGUUCAUUGACUCCCCUCCUGAUGGGUGAUAGGGUUGGGCGAUAGGACGAAUAUGUCGGCAAUUGGCUGAGUACAAUGCAGGUUGUGUUUUGCAUUUUAUUUCGCAAAUUUAAUGUUCUGCCACUGAAGUACUGCCCUCGCUGAGCUGCAGCUCUCAUUACGAUCUUACAGCAGAGACAGACGGCAGGGAAUAACAGAGCCAGCAUGUUUUCUCAUCAAAUUUCAAACAUCAAACCCUGAAUUUAGGGUUUUUAUUUUGACCAAACAAGAAGUGGGCGAUUGUGGGAACAGUGGAAAGACUAGCUAGCCAAGACAGUUUUAGGUGAAUUUAAUUUUGUUUCUGUUGAAUAAAUGUGUUUCAAUAUUAUAUAUUUACACCCAAUUAAGUUAUAGUGUAGCCGAGGAUUAUGGAUUGCGGCUUUAUUUAUGCAUGUUAUUUACACUAAGGGUAACAAGGACAGCAGUGCAUACAGCUUUACUUCUUCACAAUUAAGAUUCACAGACGUGCACAAACCUAUGCAAAUAUAUCAGCAAUCCACGGUCAUUGUGCUGAUGGUGGAUAUCGCCCAACCCUACCAAAUAAUAUUGACUACCUGCUAGCUUUCAAAAUUCUCUAAUCCCUUCCUAAAUACAUAAGGUAAAUAGGUUUGGCCACCAAAGUGUUUGCAGCUGUUCUGUUUUGGAUUGAGUUGUCAUGGCAAUAUGGGAAGUGGUUUGUAGCAGGCAACAGCAUGUCAUUCAUAAAUCUUGUUUAACAUCAACUUUGUACAGGGUAUACACCAAAAUUAUGUCACUUCAUCAAAGCCAGUAUCAGUGGUUUGUUUUAAAUGGUGAUGAGAAGAAGGGGAUUGCUGCACACUGGAUUAACUUGUGCAAACCAAAGAAACUUUUUGAACUGUGUUUUUUGUGAUUUGCACAAAAAUGAGCCCUGAAAGGAGCAUGUUUCUUGCAUCUUCUUAUUUGUUUGUGUUAUCCGGAAGCUUGAGAGGAGGUCUGGAUAUGCACAUGUGUUGUUACAGUUCUCAUGUGGAGACAGGACAGAUUAAAGCAACAUAAGAACCGUUUUAGCAUUGAUCUAACAGACUGGAGCUCACGGCGUUGUCCACAUGUCUGUACUGUCUGUUGUUAUUUCACUGCCGUGUCAAUAGGCAGCAGUAGCACUACAGCUGAACCGACCGACUCUUCUGUUCUCAGACUUAAGCCCUUGUAGUUUCUUUUGAUGGUUGGAACCAAAAACAUUCCUUUUUUGUAUUGUUUGUUGUUUCAGCCAUUUUAAAAGGGGGCUAUGCUCCUGUGCCAUACCAUUUUCACAUGUAUGUAUGUAUAAUCUACAUUGUUUGAAUGCUACAUUCAUCAGCUUUCCUUGUUUGUCACAAAGGAAACCAAAACAAACUCUUUUUUUUCACCACCUUUAAAGCAAGACAAACAAGACUGGUGUGUUUUUAAUUUCUAUAGCAGGCGCUUCACAGACUCAAUUCUUUUCUUCUCUCCAGUAUCUUGCACUUAACACACGUAGUAAUACCUACAGGAUGGGAAAAUUGUGUGAUUCACCAGUAUUUGUUUAAGUGGAAUAUGACAUUUUAUUUCUAGAUAUUGUUUGACUUUGUAUAAAAAAAAUAUAUGCUGUACAGAUUCAAAAGUAUAUUAUAACAAAAAACUUUUAGAAAAAUAUUUAUUUUUACUGUUUUGUAAUUUAGACACAAUACUGUAGCUCCUCUAUUGCCAGACUUACUGGAAGUGCCUCUUGAUAAUGUAUUACAAAGUAACUAUACAAUAUAUUGGGAUUAUUAGAACCUGUCACUAGCAGAGCAGUGUUGUUGUUGUAAUGUGAAUAUUGUUGAAUAAUAAGAUUUAUAAAUGCU